AUGCAGGCCAUCAAAUGUGUGGUGGUGGGAGAUGGAGCUGUCGGGAAGACCUGCCUCCUCAUCAGUUACACGACCAAUGCCUUCCCUGGCGAGUACAUCCCCACCGUAUUUGACAACUAUUCAGCCAAUGUCAUGGUGGAUGGGAAGCCCGUAAACCUGGGACUCUGGGAUACUGCUGGUCAAGAAGACUACGAUAGACUGAGACCUCUCUCCUACCCUCAGACGGAUGUUUUCCUGAUUUGCUUCUCCCUUGUCAGUCCAGCGUCAUUCGAAAACGUCAGAGCAAAGUGGUACCCAGAAGUACGACACCACUGCCCCAACACCCCCAUCAUAUUAGUGGGCACAAAACUGGACUUGAGAGAUGACAAGGACACCAUUGAACGGCUGAGGGACAAGAGGUUGUCACCAAUUACAUAUCCUCAGGGUCUGGCUAUGGCCCGAGAAAUAGGCUCUGUCAAGUACCUGGAGUGUUCGGCUCUCACCCAACGUGGCUUGAAGACCGUCUUUGACGAGGCCAUCCGUGCCGUUCUCUGCCCUCCACCCGUCAAGCGGCCCGGCAAGAAAUGCACUGUGUUCUGA